AUGUUGUUUUCAAAGGUUGGUAUUAUGAACCAUGGGUUGGCUUUAACCAGAAAGACAUGCCAGUCUACAAAUGAAGGAUGUUGGGUAUUCCGCGUUAACACAAACACUGCCGAAAUGUGUGCCGCCAGAAUAAUAGCGGAAAAUUUUCAAGAAUUCUCCUCUUCCUAUGCACAAACGGAAACUGGUGGCCUGUUGAACUUUCUCUUCGAUCCAGUUAAAAAUGCAUCCACUGAUAAGGUGCUGCUAAAGCAGGCAGACUUGAGCUUGUCCUCUGCAGUGGAUUACCUCAAAACCACCAUUUUCAAUGCUACCCCAUCCGUACGGGUGCUGGAAGUGCUACCAGUUGAAGUGCGACCGAGCCACAUUGAAGACAACGCUUAUGGAAUUGCUGUUGGAUUGGCAGUGGCUGCCAUCAUACUCGCCGCAUUGUCAGUUGUAAUUCUCUUCGUUAUCUCUGCACUUUGUUGCUUCCGUAGCAGGAGUCUCAGGAAUCGAAUAGAAAAGGGCAACACAGAACAAUCAGUUAAAGUGCAUUCCAUGUGCUACCUCAUCUCUGAAAUAUUGAGCAUCGUUAUGAUCACCUAUCUUGUCCUAUGCGCCAUUGUUGGAUUCAUCGCCGUUGGCUCUCUGGUUGACGGUGUUAACUCAAAGGCACAGGACCAAGGCGUGCCAAGCGGGCUUGCGGCAUCUGCGAUAACCAUAUUUGCACAAGCGAAAUUAUUUUUACAGGAUUUUAUUCAACACGGACGUAACGCUACAGCAGUGGUUAUUAACGAGCUUACAAAGGAGAUAAAGGAUGACCUGGAAAAGCUUAUACGGGGUAUCCUGGAAAAUCUACUUACCAGUUACGGUGUUAGAAACCUGUUGGACGAACUAACACCCUUAGGAUCAGAUAUCGAAUCACUGGAGACAACUGCCAAGUUGGUGGCGAGUACACAAAGCGUAGUCAUUGCAGACAUCAGCACAUUUCAAGGGAAAAUGUCGGCAUACCAGUACAGUCUAUACAAGUCCUUUUACUCACUAUGCCCCAAACUUUCAAAUGCCACUCUGAAGUGCAUGCAACUCAGCGGUCAACUUAACAUUCUGAACGUCAGUUUCAACGAAAAUAACAUCAACACUGAGCCAAGCGUUGCUUUGACUAGCCUGGUAACAGUUUUUGGGACCAAUAUGUCGACGAUCAUAAGGAAGUUCAGCAAUUUGGAAGAAGAGAUAAACGCAAAGGCUUCAGAGCUUAUCGUACAGGUGCAGGAUCAAGUCAAUUUCGAUGAGCAAUUUGGAGAAUUAAUUUCCAUUUGGGAUAAACUGAACUCUGAAGUGGCAGAGCCAACUACUACACAAAUCGAUGAUGUACAGCCUGUCGUUGACAAGGCAAUCGAAUUCGCAGCGGUGUUGUUCGCGGUGGUCGGUUACGUCUGCAUGGCCAUUGCAAUCAUCAUACUUAUCAUCAUGCUGAUCUAUCUGGUGCUGUGUGCGUUGGAAGCACGGCGAAAAGGACUGAUCUCUAGAAGAAUUUCAAUUCCGAGAAUUACUUCAGAUUUACAAGCGGUGAACUCAACGCGGCGUGGAUCUAAGCUGAAUGUAUCAUGUGGCGCUGCAGUGGUGGCAAUAUUCGGCAUAUUCCUUCUGGUGAUGGUCGUCGUAUCUGCCAUCAUAACCACCUUUCUCAUUUUGAUGAAUGACGAAGCUUGCAGAUAUCUACACAAGCCGUCAGCAAUGAGAAUCACUGACGCAGCUUUGGAUCUCUUCGUGGAAUAUGAAUGGCCCACGUGGAUUACUAACGAGGUAAUACCUCGCCAAGUUCAAAAUCUGUUGCAAUUGCAACCCCCGAGGCAAAUUCUAUAUGCACUUAUCAACAAAUGUCAGCCGGUGACUGCAACUGAAUUUAUUCCGCUGCUCCCAAACCUGGGACUUGAAAAUUUAGUCAACGUCACUGCGAUACUGAGUCAACCUGAGCUUAAGAAUGCGAUAGAAAAGGCCGAAAAGGAGGUAGUGCAAGAGGUACUCAAAGUUAAUUUCAGUUCCUACAUUCCACAAAAUGUAGACGACAUUUUGAAAACGGUUGAAAAUUUGACCAAUUACUUGGACAACAGCAAUUACACGGAAAGCAUUCAUGAACUAACCACCGCAAUUAUUGAUGUACCGAUGGUUACUGCAUACCUACUGGGAUUGAAGAAUUUCGUAGAUCCUUACACCAGCACGCAACCUGAGGCCGUUACCAUUCGAGACACAAUCGAUGCAUGUCUGGCUGACCUGCAAGAAGCGGACUCUCUGAGUAGUCAUGCUUUGCAACUGGCAAACUUAUUUACGGAAUUGCAAAAGUACCAAGUGCUAUCUCCGCAACUACAAAACAUAAGCGCAACACUGCAAUCGGUAAUCCAGAUCCUCAGCAACUCGACGGCCGUUGUAGAUCCACUGGUGUCGGCAUACCGUGCUGCUUUUAUCGAAUUCUUCGCCGCGCUCAAUACAUCUAUGGACGCUGAGAUGGCUCGGUUUACAAGUCAGGUGGUCUCUUGCAGUCGGCUACAUAUCAUCCUAAAAUCCACACUGGAGAUCACGUGUGGCAACACUGGAUUGCUCAACCGAUUGGGUGGAUUGAUGUUUAUUCUGGCUCUUCUAUCCCUUCCAAUGCUCAUCGCUUCCAUAAUCUUCCAAGUCUUCCUGUCUAUGCACGAACAACACUCUAUACUUGUCACCAGUUAA